AUGGAACUUCAAGAGCGAGUUUCAAAAUAUAUUGAUCUAAAAGAGGCACUUCAGGAGGUUAGCCGGGCAGGAUCCAAAAGAAAACCAGAGACUUCAUCCCAGGAUUCUUGCCGACAACGUCAACCUCCUGCACCCGAGGUCCGAAACUCUUCCCAAAAUUCCAGAAGGGAUGUCACCCAGUUAAAACAAAGCUAUACUCCUCUCAAUCGCUCUAGACAAGCCAUUCUUCAGGUCAUUCGAGAGAAUAAAAUUCCCAUUACUCAACCUCCUUCGGUUAUGAGGGUUUCAGGAAAAGGCCAACAACUCUACUGCGAAUUCCACCGCUGUACAAGACAUGAUACAGAAAGCUGUUACACCCUCAAGCACUCUAUUGAAGGACUUAUCCAACAAGGCUAUCUUCGAGACUUUGUAAAGAAUGUCCGUCCCCCUAUUAUCCCUUCUCCUCCAAUAAUAGAGAAAGGAAAAGCAUCACAGGGAAGUGGAUCGGUGUUGGGAAAUGUCCCUGUCAUUCAUGGCGGGGUCAGAUUAUCUGAGCAAUUUGGUUCUCGACCAACCAGUGCCCCAAGGUUGGUCGGUUCUACUUUUAUUCCACAAAUUCCCAUCUCCUUCGACGAUAGGGAUCUUGAAGUUAUCGAGUACCCUCAUGAUGAUGUCUUAGUCAUCAAGGCAGUAAUUGCAAACUAUUUCGUUCAACGAGUCCUCAUCGACGGAGGUAGCACUGCAGUUUUUUUAUUCUACCCAGCUUUUAAGUCCCUAGGUCUUCAACUAAGCAAAUUUCACCCUCCUAGCAUUUAUCUCGUGGGCUUCUCUGGAAAUCAAGUCCCAAUUCUAUGCAUUCUCUCACUCCAGGUCCGUGUUGGCAGUGGCCAACUAACUGUAGAGACAACAAUCAAUUUCCAUGUUGUUGAGUGCCCUCCUGCAUACAACUGCAUUCUCGGACGCCCUUUUCUCCAUCAAGUUCAGGGUAUACCCUCAACUCUGCACUUAAAAUUGAAGUUCCCAACUAUUGAUGGAGUGGGGUGUGUAAAGGGAGAUAAAGCUCUUACACGUCAAUGUUGUGAGUUCUCCCUGAAAGAUGGAUUUGUGGCCAAAAUGGAAGCCAGAGACGAGGUCGCUCAACUGGUUCCCGUCGACACUAAUGAAGAACAUGCAUUAGAAUAA